GCAUUUCCAAACCACCUCAUUAACACUGCGACAGUCGGAGCGACAAUGGCUGUUAGUGACGUAAUCUUCAUUUGCGCUACGUGUGCUUCAAUGGCGGGACAGUUACGCGUCAAAGCUGAACUUUGUUUUCUUCUAUCUCCCUCUUUAAUAUAAUACUUUUGUCAACAUGUCUAUUAUGCAAUAUAAUGGUGGCUCUGUGGUAGCCAUGGUCGGUAAAGAUUGUGUUGCUAUUGCAGCCGACAAACGUUUAGGCGCCCAAUUUAUGACAGUGUCGACCGAAUUUAAAAAGAUUUUUAAAGCAUCCGAAAAGACAUUUAUCGGUUUGGCAGGAUUAGCCACUGAUGUGCUUACACUAGCAGAUCGAUUCCGUUUCAAGACGAAUAUGUACAAGAUGCGUGAAGAAAGAGAUGUUGAACCCAAGACAUUUGCACAUAUGGUCUCUUCAACUUUAUAUGAAAGAAGAUUUGGACCUUAUUUUGUUGAACCAGUUAUUGCGGGCUUAGGAAAGGACAACAAACCAUUCAUUUGCUCUAUGGAUUUGAUUGGAUGUAUCAACUUUGCCAAAGACUUUGUUGUUGCCGGCACAGCAGGACCUAACCUAUACGGCAUGUGUGAAUCUCUUUGGGAGCCUGACCUUGAACCUGAAGACCUCUUUGAAACAAUUUCUCAAGCAUUAUUAAAUGCACAAGACAGAGAUGCUUUAUCAGGUUGGGGAGCUGUUGUAUAUGUCAUAACACCCAAUGAAGUCAUUUGUCGUUCUCUUAAGGCUCGUCAGGAUUAAACUUUAUAAAAUAAAGAAACCAC